CGAGAGGCCGAAACAGAAACGGUACCGGUCGGUCAGUCAGUCCGGUAUAGGUCUAGUGUAGUCUACAGAGAGGUUAGUACCAUCGAUGCAGGACUUUUGGCAGUUCAUUUCUCGCGAAGCAGCGUUGGAGAAGCCAAGCAAGUUGGUGGCGGUGAUUGUCUGCAGGCGGCAUCCUGAGACCUCGCCUUCCCCCCAGCGCUGUACCUUCAUCUACUCACGGGCAGCAUCCUUUUGUUAUGAGGAUCCUGACCCGGAUCAGGAUUGUUUGGGGACUGCGCGGGCAGAGUCAGAUUAUUUGGGGACGGCGCGAGCAACAUCCUUUUGUUAUGAGGAUCCUGACCUGGAUCAGGACCCGGAGAAGGUUGAGCUUCAAGCGCUUGCGGCCUUCUUCCUUCAUCUGAAGGAACAGAAGGAAAGCAAGUCUGAUCUCAUCAUGCUUCGGCCCCUGAUCAACCGCACCAGGAUCACUGUGCUCUUGGGCUGUGGAGCCACCAGAAACUUCAUGUCUCUCAGUGCAGUUAAAAAGCUACAUCUGGGCAUGAAGGUUCAGCAGAUGCAGCAACCGCAGCAGGUGGUGGACAAGUACGUUAUUCUGAUGCAGGAGCCCUUUGGGUUACCCAACCAGCCAACCAAGCAUCACAUUGAGCUGCUGCCUGGAGCGGUCCCUCCCAAGGACCGCAUCUACAGGAUGUCCCCUGCUGAGCUUGAGGAGCUAAGAAAGCAGCUUGAGACCAUGACCAGCAAAGGCUGGAUCAGGCCUAGCACUUAUGAAUUCGGUGCACCUGUUCUCUUUGUACCGAAAGGGAACGGCGAGUUCAGAAUGUACAUUGACUACAUGGGUCUCAAUAAGAUCACUCGGAAGAGUACAGAGUCACUUCCUAGGAUCGAUGACCUUCUGGACAUGGUGCAGGGAUGUAGAGUGUUCAGCAAAGUCGACCUCAAAUCUGGCUAUCACCAAAUUGAGAUGGCAGAAGAGGAUGUUUACAAGACAACCUUCAAGACCAGGUAUUGGACUUAUGAGUUCCUGGUCAUGCCAUUCAGACUUUGCAACGCCCCAGGCACCUUCCAGACAGAGAUGCACCGCAUCUUCAAGCCUUACCUGGACAAGUUCAUGGUUGUCUACCUGGAUGACAUCUUGGUAUUCAGCCGAACUGCCAAGGAACAUGCGGAGCACUUGACUCUUGUCCUUCAGUCAUUACGUGACAGUCAGUACAAGAUCGACAGAGAGAAGUCUUCCUUUGGAUUGGAGUUCCCUCUGUUAUCUCUUUGGGUCAUGUAAUCUCUGGAGAUGGUCUGCUUCCUGAAGCAAUCAAGAUUGUUGUUAUUC